AUGCCCGGUGCCGAGCUUCCUGAAAACGUCGAGCUUUUACGUACACGUGUUGUUCUUGAACGCGAUCGUGUAUUCAGCGUCAGCGGCAGCGAUUACCCACACCAAUAUCCAGGCAUUGACAAUACAUGGAAUUUGGAAGAAUUCAAAAAGAGAUUCCAGAUCAAGAUCAAUCGGUUGACAGCCGAGAGCAUGGAGUUCGAUCUUGUUGGUGUUGAUGCUUCUAUUGCCAACGCCUUCCGUCGUAUCUUGAUUGCCGAGGUCCCCACCAUGGCGAUUGAAAAAGUUUAUGUCCUCAACAACACAUCCAUCAUUCACGACGAAGUUUUGGCUCAUCGUCUUGGUUUGAUUCCCAUCUACGCCGAUCCUCAAUUCUUUGAUUUCAAGGCUGAGGAAGAUGGUCCUACCGAUCUCAACACCAUUGUCUUUAAGCUCAAGGUCAAAUGUGAAUACAACCCUGACGCAUCUCCCGAUGAGACGGAUCCCAAAAAGAAGUUCAUUCACAGCCAUGUCUACUCGGGUGAUUUGGUGUGGGAACCCAAGGGUGUGCAAGGUGAAAAGUUUGAACAAGUACCCAUUCGCCCUGUGCAAGAUGACAUCUUGAUUGCCAAGCUUCGUCCUGGACAAGAAAUUGAUAUGGAAUUGCAUUGUCACAAGGGCUUAGGCAAGGAGCAUGCUAAAUGGUCGCCUGUUGCUACUGCAUCCUAUCGUUUGCUUCCUGAGAUUACCAUCCUCAAGCCUAUUACAGGUGAUUCUGCUGAUCGAUUCCAAAAGUGUUUCCCUGAAGGUGUUGUGGAUGUGGUGAUGGAAAAUGGUGUCAAGACUGCCAAGGUCGUCAAUGCACGUAAAGAUACUGUGAGUCGUGAAGUCUUACGGCACAAGGAAUUUGAAGAUAAGGUGCGACUGACACGAGUACGGGAUCAUUUUAUCUUCAAUGUGGAGACGACUGGUAUCAUUCCUCCUGAACAAUUGUUCCCAACGGCUAUUGAUAUCCUUGUAGAAAAGAUCAAAGCAAUCCAACCUUCUCUUGACCGUAUCACCAACAAUGAAGAAGAAGAUUAA